GCGAUGAAGUCAUCUGUCUGCGACGCCUUGAUAUUUUGACUUGCAGGAGAAAACGUGAAGGGAUCAAUUAAUGGUCUCCUGAAAGCUUGUAACAUGAGUCUCAGAUCUUUCUGUGAACCGUCAGAGCUCUUACAUUAUUAAGCUCCCUGUCUUUAGGCUUAAGGGAUUCCUUUUUGUUAUCGAUUGCUUUACUUGAGGUUUAAGUGCCAGGCGUCAGUGAUGUAUGUUGUGGGCACUGUUGUCGCCUCCUUAGUUUUCUUUCUGAUAUUGAAAUGGAUGAAGAGGCGAAGGGUUUGUAUGGACGUGAAAAGACUGGACGGAAAAACAGUCCUAGUUACGGGUGGCAAUUCUGGAAUUGGGAAAGAGACUGCGAUCGCUCUUGCAGCCCGAGGCGCUCGGGUGAUCAUUGCCUGUCGCGACGUCCAGAAAGCGGAAGUGGCCGUGAGGGAAAUAAAGACGAGGAGUCGCAGCCUGAACGUAUCAUACAUGGAGCUAGACUUGGCCAACCUGCAAUCCGUCCGAGAGUUCUGCCAAACAUUCCUGCAGAAGGAGCAGCGCCUGGAUGUACUAAUCAAUAAUGCAGGAAUGCCAAGCGUUCUUGGCUGGACAGAUGACAGAUUUAGCAUGUGCUUUGGUGUGAACCACCUGGGGCACUUUUUGCUUACCAGUCUCCUGCUGAACCGGCUGAAGGAGUGUGCCCCGAGCAGAGUGAUCACUCUCACUUCCUCUGUGUACAAAUACCAGAAGCUGGACUUCCAAGACCUGAACUACAACGUCAUACCGUUUUUCACCUUUUGUCGCAGUAAGUUGGCGAACAUCUACUUCACUCAGGAGCUGUCCAGGCUGAUGGAGGGCAAAGGUGUGACUGCCUACGCUGUGCAUCCAGGGUUUGUUCAAAGCAACUGGACGUGCCACUUCUCCAUCCUGUUUCGGAUAGUGAUGCAGGUGAUCAUGUACAUGUUUUUUGUGUCGUGUGAAGUGGGCGCCCAGACCGUCAUUUACUGCGCCGUGUCGGACGAUGUGCUUCAGUACAGCGGGAGCUUCUUUUCCGACUGCCAGCCCACACCACUGCGACCUUUCGCACGAGACGCCGGCGUGGCUAAAAAACUGUGGGAAGCCAGUGAAAGAAUGGUAAAACUCCCCUGAAGGAGAUGAUCUAAUACUGUACAUGGACUUUUUUUUUUACAAGAAACACAUUAAAAGCAUUCUUUUGAGUUUUACUUGGGUGAAGAGGUUUAUGGACUCUUUCAGUUGAAAAGAAACUCCCAUUUCUCAGGGCAGCGUGUCUUACCAUCCCAUAUAAAGUAUGUUUUUUUUGUUUUGUUCUACAGCUGAUGUACUCUCACAUUUUAACAAGAGCAUCAGGGAUUUGCAAAGUACUGUACUGUGAAAACAGAACUCUGAAAUGGUAAUAGUUUGUGCUGUUUGUUUAAAUCAUUACUAUUCUUAUGUCUGUGUCACUGUGGGUUUUCCAGCACCACUCCAGUUGUGAACAGGUAUGCAUACUGAUUAACUGUGGAAGACUUUCUUCUGUAAUAAAGAGUUACCUCCAUGGAAAUCUAA